AUGAUGAAAAGAAACAAUGAAGGAAUAGGAGGUGAAAGGUUUUCGGAUAGUCCCGUUGAAGAUAUCCAGCAAAAACGGAGAAGAGUUCAGUUUGAACCAGUCCGCAUUACCGCUGUCAGCAAUGUCAACGACAUUAAAGCUCGCGCGGUUGUGUAUCAGACAGCGAAACUGAGGCAACAACUACUCUACAAAAAUAAAAAAAUUGCAGACCUAGAAAAAGAGAAUGAAAGAGCGAAACGUCGCCAACAAACAGAUGAAAGCAACUUUCUAAAAGUAUAUAACUUAUUUUCUGAGAUUGAAAAGUAUAUCUGCACACAAACGAAAAACGAGUUCGGAGAGUUCGAAGUUACAGAAGCUGCGCCGACCGGAACAGAAGUUCAAGGAAUGACUGCAGAAUCAUAUCAUAAAUGCGUAGAACAAGCAAAAAUGAAUCUAAGAAACGCUUUCAUCUCAUAUUCCAAGGCUCGUCAUGACCGCAAUGCAGAAUCACUAGAAUUCGUCAAAAAAAUGAAGGAGUAUAUGGAAGAUCCUCAAAACAAUAUCAAUGAAAUACACACAGAGCUAACUGUGAAAACAGAGGCUCUGCUGUCACAAAUAGAUAAGUUACAAACGGAUAUUCACAAAACACAGAGUGACUGCUACAAUUCGGAUAGGAAGCGCAGACAUAUUGCUGAUAAAUACUCAGUUUUGGAGAAUAGAGUACAAGAACUGGAACACCAAUUAGAAGAUGCUCGUUUCGAGACUGAUAAGCAAAUGCGGUUGGCGAAUAAGUUUGAGUACCGGCUUGCGAACCAUGUCUCUGAACAGCCACCCCCUGAUAGUGUUGCUGUUGCUUCAUCGUCUGGUACAUCUAAUCAAGCUGAUAAAAAAAUUGCUGCUCCAGUGACUCCACCCAAUGAAUCUAUCACUAAAGAGAUCGAAAAUCUACGCGUUGAACGUGAUGAGCAAGUAGCUCUAGCUGCUCGACGUCUCCAAGAACUUGAAGAGGUCAAUCGAAGAGUGCAAAGCUUAACGCAGGAAAACAGCAAGCUGAAAAUGGAGACGCAAACGGCCCUCUCUGUCGAUGCCAUCACCAAUUCGGAUGAAUAUAAAAACCUUAAGAAGUAUUAUUCAUUGGCAAUCAAAGAGUAUGAUCGCGUCAGCAAAGAAUUGGAAGAAGUUACAACUGAGCGUGAUACUUUCCGGAAUGCAAAGGAGGCACGUGCUUUGUUGAUGGCUGAAGAACACCAAAAAACUAUUAAGGAGAUCCAGCAGCAGUCAGAUAUUCACAAUACGUUUUAUAGAGUAUCUCAUGACAGUGAAAUUUUGCGCUGUGAGUUUGAGACCGUUAAAGAAGAGUACAACAAAACGGUGAAACAAAGUGAAUGGGAUGAGAUGAAAGCAACACUUAACGGCCUUCGUUCACUAAAUAAAACCAUCAAGGCAGAGAUGCAUCGCGUCGCCGAAAAGGAAAGGAAAACUAGAGCGGAAUACGAUGUUCUCAACGCUGAUUUUCAAUCACUCAAAGAGCAACAGGAGAGAUGUAUUAUGAUACCGCUUGACGAAUCAAGCUAUGUUCCUCCAGAUGAUAUAAACAAGAUUAGACAGGAAUACGAUUCUAUGCGUAAAGAAAUCAGACGUCUUGGAGCAAUUGAUAAACAUGAGAAACAAAAGUAUCUGGAGAAAGAGGUCAGUCGGCAAGUUUCUGAUAAGUUGACAGAAUUGGAUACACUCCGAAAAGCCAACGAAGCACUGACUAACGAUGAGCAAUGUUUAUCGGACGAAUUGGAAACAAUUUGUGUUGCUGUAGAAGAGGAACAAGAAAGAAAUGCGCAGUUAUUCACGGAGAAGCGAGAACAGGAGGAUAGAAACCUGAAAUUGAUGAAUGAUCGAAUGAUUCAAAAUCAAGUGCUUAGUCGGCUGCGUGAGAAGUUGGGCUGCUUAGAAAAUAAAGCUCAAACAGAUGCACAAAUAGCGAAAAUGCAUGAAUUCGAGAAAAAGUCAUCAGAUGAACUUAACACUAAACUUAGUGAUAGUCUACAUUUCAAGUCGACCGAGCUGACACGUGUCACCAAUCUGCUGGAAACACAUAGAAAACAAAUGCAAGAAGUUGGGAUGGCACGUGAUGAAUUCCAAAUUAAAUCAGAGCGGAAUGAAUCACAAUUGAAGCAAAUUCAGGAAUUGUUUGGCUCAAAAUCGCGGGAAAACGAAGAAAUAAAAUUCAAGCGGCAGCGGGCUGAAGAAGAGCUUGAAACUAUUCGUCUGAAAUACGAACGGGCCAAACGCAAUGAUUCUUGCUCAGGACAAGGUGGUGAUCAAGUACUUGAAGAAGCGAAUCGCCAAAUGAAAGAAACGUUGACAUGCCCAUCUUGUAAAACAAGACCGAAAGAUUGCAUUAUGCUCAAAUGCUAUCAUCUAUUCUGUGAAACAUGUAUCAAAACCAUGUACGAUACGCGCCAACGAAAAUGUCCUAAGUGUAACAGCAAUUUCGGUGCCAAUGAUUUCCAUCGAAUUUUCAUCUGA